AAUGUAUACAAAUACAUUCGAAAAAGAAAGCUUAUCUGUAACAAAACUAACAAGUCUUGUGGAAUGCCAGAAAUUGUAUGGCUUCUUUCCAUCCGGUAGUUUCCGAUCAAAAUGGAAGAGCAAAUUUGCAAGUUCAAGUUCAAUGUUGGCCAUGCCUCAGGUCUGCAGAUCAAAGGUGUGGGAAGGAGACUAUAUGGUUUCAUAGUUACUUGGACUUUGUGGCUAGCUAGGAACAAUGCAAUAUUCAAAAACACCAUUGCUGACGACAAAAGUUGUUGGACUCAAUUUAGGCUCAAACCUACCAAUGGCUACACAGUAUUGGUGAAUGUGUGGACACAUCUUUCUAGGACUGGAUCAAUUCCGAAUGAAUCCUUGUAUUGUGUGUCAUGCCAAUCUGCAAAGCAACCAGCUUUAUCUUUUUCGAGUAGUCAUUCUGAUUCUACUACUCCUUUUGAUCUUGUGCAUUCUGAUGUUUGGGGUCCAUCUCCUACACCCACCAUAGGGGGUUCUAGUGAUCCUGAUGCAGGUACAUCUUAUGAGCUCUAUAAUGCCUUACCACAUGCUGUACCUAGUUUUAGAGAAGAUGAUCUGCAUGCUAGUGAUGUAUUAGAUAAUUUUGAGCCUUCUUCUACUUCCUCCUCUAUAUCACGUAUUGAUAUUAUUAAGUCUACAAAUGAGCUUGUUGUCCCAUCCUCGAGUCAUCCUACUUGGAAGGCACAUUUGGUUGCCAAGGGUUUUACACAAGAGUAUGGAAUAAACUAUGAGGAAACUUUUGCUCUAGUUGCUCGUCUAACAUCUGUAUGUAGUUUGCUUAUUAUCGCUGCUAUAUGGAGAUGGAAAUUGUUUCAGAUGGAUUUGAAAAUUGCUUUUCUUAAUGGUGACCUAGAAGAAGAAGUUUAUAUGAAACCACCUCUUAGGCUCAACCAUCCUCCAAACAAGGUAUGCAAAUUGCGACAUGCAUUAUAUAGGUUGAAACAAUCCCCUCGAGCCUGGUAUGCAAAGUUUAGUGCUAUUGUGAGUGAGUUUGGUUUUACUUCCAAUCCACAUGAUACAGCUUUGUUCAUUCGUAAGACUGCUUGGGGUAUGGUUCUUUUACUUCUUUAUGUUGACGACAUGAUUAGUACUAGAGAUGAUGUUGCAGAUAUUGAGGAGCUAAAACAAUCUCUCAUCGCCUCUUCUGAUGAUGGCUACCUGCUGUCUCAAGUAAAGUAUGCCUCUAAUCUUGUUUCUAAAGCUAAACUCAACGAUGGUAAGAGUGUUUCUACACCUCUUGAACCUAAUGUUAAGCUUACACCUAUGGAUGGCUCUCCACUUUCGGAUCCUACUCGCUAUCGGCAAUUAGUUGGUAGUCUGGUUUAUCUUACCACAACACAUCCUGACAUAGCAUAUGCAGUUCACAUUGUUAGUUAGUUUAUGGCUGCUCCUCGCUCCACUCAUUAUGCAGUAGUACUUCGCAUUAUUCACUAUGUUAAAGGAACAUUGUUUCAUGGACUCCAUUUUUCUGCCAACUCCUCCCCUGUGCUUCAUGCUUACUCGGAUGAUGAUUAGGCUGGUGAUCCUUCUGAUCGUAAAUCUACCACAGGUUGUUGUCUUUUCCUUGGUAAUUCUCUUAUCUCUUAGCAAAGUAAGAAACAAAGUAUUCCAUCUUGCUCUAUUACUGAAGCUAAGUAUAGAGCUCUCAGUGAUACCACAUCAAUACUUCUUUCACUACGAUGGCUUCUAGAAGAUAUGGGUAUUCCUCAGCCUUCUUCUACUGAUUUAUAUUGUGAUAAUAAAAGUGCUAUGCAAAU